AUGGCGACGACGCAGAACGGCAGCAGCGCUCCCGACAACGAUGUACACGCCGGCGUUGAUAGCGAGGUCAACAGAGAGUCUCUCAUUCGCAGGUCCUGGCAUGCCGUAUUCUCUCCUUUUUCCUCGACUGCACUUGCUUCUCUACCCAAACUUCGCCGGCCUCAACGCUACUUGCGCGCAGAUGAUAUACCAGCAACGGACCCAAAUGCUGAAGGCGAAAGGCCGACUGUUCGCGACUAUCAUUCUAUCAACACAGUCCCCCCCAAUGUUCGGGUGCCAAAGAAGAUUGCGACGUCGGUGAAGGUGGAAGGGAAAGUUUGGUUUGCGAAUGAGAGAACAUGGAUAGCAUGGUUGAACAUCUCAGUUCUCCUCGCAGCGCUCGCGCUCGGUCUCUUCAAUGCCUCGAAGGACGAUAUUGCUCGCCAGUUCGCAUACGUUUACGCUUUUAUCAGCGUUUGCGUUCUGGUGUACGGCUAUUCGAUAUACCAACAUCGUAUCAGUAUGAUUCGUCGGAGGGAUCCAGGGCAUUUUGAUGCUCUCGCUGGUCCUAUCAUCCUCAGCAUUGCUCUCUUCAUCGCCGUGCUCGCCAAUUUCGUUAUUCGAGUACGCGAGCUACAGAAGCGAGAUAUCCCUAUUCCGGGCUCUGAUCUCUUGGCUUACUUCUUGGAAAAAGCCCGUUUUGACAACUUCUCCUAUCCAACGACACACCAACAACUCUAG